AUGGCCGCUGAUUUGAGUCCGGAUGAUGAUGUCGAACGUUUGAAACCACCAAAACGUGGCUUCUUUCAAUCGUUUCUAUGUUGCUGGCGACGUAAUCGCACGAAAACCAAUCAAAAUGGCACAUCAAUCGAUGGUUCCACAACACCGCCACCACUACCGGACCAACAAAGGUACCUACUACCUCAGGUUAGGCACUCGGAUAUGCAUAAAAAAUGCAUGGUCAUCGAUUUGGAUGAGACAUUAGUGCACAGUAGCUUUAAGCCGAUUCCAAAUGCUGAUUUUAUUGUACCAGUGGAAAUUGACGGCACUAUACAUCAAGUGUACGUACUCAAGCGGCCCUACGUCGACGAGUUCCUGCGAAAAAUGGGUGAAUUGUACGAAUGUGUUUUAUUUACAGCAUCACUAGCCAAAUACGCAGAUCCCGUUGCCGAUCUGUUAGACAAAUGGGAUGUGUUUCGUGCAAGACUGUUUAGGGAAUCGUGCGUUUAUUACAGGGGAAAUUAUAUUAAGGAUUUAAAUCGUCUUGGACGUGAUUUACAAAAAAUUGUCAUUGUCGAUAAUUCACCAGCGAGUUAUAUAUUUCAUCCAGAUAAUGCGGUUCCUGUAAAGUCAUGGUUUGAGGACACAAACGAUUCCGAAUUGCUAGAACUGAUACCGCUGUUUGAGAAACUCAGCAAAGUCGAUUCUGUAUAUAGCGUUCUGUGCAAUUCCAACAAUCCGCUGAAUAGUGUUGCGAAAAUCAACAACACGAAUCAACAACAAUUGUCCACACCGCAGGUGCAGUUGCAGCAAUCUUUACAGCAACAGCAACAAAUGCAAAUACAAACGACACAUCCACAAAAUCAACAGCAGUCAGUGCAGCAGACGAUUACAGCAACAACGGUCAUAACACAAGCGACAACAAUAUCAGUACCCACAUUGCUGACGACACAGCAUCCGCAUCAGGUACAACAGCAGCAACAACAACAACAGCAUCAACUGCAAACACACCAACAGCAUCAGCAGCAGCAGCUGGAAGGUAGUCCGCCAAAUCCGCCCGAUUUAAGUAAUAAAACGUAACAUCAGUGGGAAUUGAUGUUUAUUAAUAUUUAAUUUCUGCGUUUUUUGCUUUUAAAUAAUUUAGCGUUCAUACAUAUACACACAGAUAUGUAUAUAUGUAUAUGUACAUAUAAUAUAAAUAUUAUAUAGAUAUAUAUAUUUAUAUGAUAAAGAAAGAAAGAAAAAAAAACAAUAUCAGAAAUUCUACAAUACACAAACAAACAAAUUUAACGCGCUACCUAUCCCCCCGCGAAAUACUUUCCUAAAAUAAUUGCUGCAAUUUUUUUAUUAAAAUGUAAACAAAACAAAAAACAAAAAGCAAAUUGAAAUAAUAAUACUACUUAUAUAUACAUACAUACAACAUACAUACAUACAGAAGAAGGAGAAUAUGCAUUAAUAAGUAAAUGUAUUUAUAAAUAACACACACAGAUAUACAGAUAUAGUUAAGUAUGUAUCAUAGUUGAGGAAGGCAUACUCGUAUACUAUACAAAAGAUACAUACAUACAUAGUACGUACAUACUUACAUACUUUAUAUCGACAACAAAUUAACAGAAGAUGCUGAUCAAGUUUAUUAUUAUUAAGUGCAGCUCUAAAGCAUUACUUACAUACAAGCAUACACACACACAUACGUAUAUAGAUGCAAGUAAUGUGACAGGCAUGCAUGCAUAGAUAUGCAUAUAUGUAUGCGUGCUAUGUAAACCACAACCACCAAACAGAAGCUGUAGAAACAGCAGCAACAACAACAACUACAACAACAAUAGUAGUAGUAGUAGUGGUAGGACACAGUUCAAUGCGAUGGGCGUGUAAGGAUAUUUGUAGGUAUGAAUAAUGUGAAACGAAAAAAGUUUAAGAAUGCGAAAGUGUGUGAGCGAAAAA